AUGGACAUCAACGUUGUAAAUUCUCUUACAUACGAAGAUUUCGUUAAAAUAUUUGGUAGUGUGGUUGAGAAAUGCCCGCUUAUAUCGGCUGCAGUAUGGUCACGUCGGCCAUUCAAAGACCUAGCAGACAUCGAGACUCACAUAACGGAAUUCAUUCACAGUCUUCCCGACUCAGGUAAAGAGGGCAUCUUGCGGUGUCAUCCUGAUUUAGCUGGCCGAGAUCUCCAAAGCGGGACACUAACACGAGAGUCUCAAGAGGAGCAGAGUCAGGCCGGUAUGGACACACUGGAUUCCGCCGAGAUUCGGCGCAUGUAUCGUCUGAACGCGCAGUACAAAGAGCGCUUUGGCUUCCCUUUUGUCAUUUGUGCCCGUCUGAACAAGAAAGCAGAGAUUUUGCAGCAACUAUCUGAACGCAUCAUGAAUGACCGUGCAGCGGAGAGAGAGGGGGCAAUCGAAGAGGUCAAAAAAAUCUGUAGCCUACGAUUACGCAAUAUUGUCCUAUCUGACAUUCAAACCAAACUGUAA